GCCACCCUCUGCUUCACUCCCAGUCCUUCAGCUUCAACCACUAAACCCAAUGUCGCUUCUGUCCAGGUCCCCAAGCUCCAACCACUAAGCCACACUGCUUCCAUCCCUCCCAAUCCUUCAGCACAAGGGUCUAAAUUGAGCCUUGAUAACAAUUUGAACCCGGGUCUCUGUUGGCCGAACGGAGGAUGCGCUAACAUCCGACCGAUCGGGUUAAAAGGGUUAGGACACGCUGUCGAACAAUAAGGGCUUGUGAUGGUCUGAUUAACAUCAGGAACCGGGCACAGAAAGGGCUGCUGACUGCGUUUUCUGGCCAAAACAGAGGAGGGCUGGUCACACUGAGCUGGGUUAGCUGGACAGAACACAAAACGAGAGAGCGAGAGAGAGGGAGAGAGGGAGAGAGGGCAGUACCCUUGAAGACGGCCGUUUCCUAAAUACCAUUUUGGGGUGACAUUUGGAUGAACGCAAAGAAUCUCUCUCCUCCUCCUCCUCCUGGUGUUUUUCAUCUGCUGGUUUUCGCAAUACAAGGGACAGUAAGGGGGUGUUGGUGCUUCCCAUGAUGCACUCUGUUGUGAGGCUGCUGUGGGCGGCCACCUGCUUAUCCUGGAGUUCCGCCAUUUAUAACUGCCAGCAUGACGACCGAGCUGGUCCAGCCCUGCGUUACCUGCUCCAGCCUCCCCAGCAGGUGAUCACCUCCCAGCGGGGCGCGAACGCCACGCUACCCUGCAUGCUUCGCGUCCGCCCCAAAAACUACAGGGUCAAGUGGACCAGGCUGGAGCCGGACCCGGAGCGGCGGGGCGUGGAGCACAUCAUCCUCAUCACCAACGGGGCACAACACCGCGGCUACGACGAGGCGCUGGCACCGCGGGCUUCGCUGCGUGCAGCACACUCGCUGGACGCCUCGCUCCGCAUCACCGGACUCACGCUGGACGACGGCGGCCGGUACCGCUGUGAGCUGGUGAACGGGCUGGAGGACGAGAGCGUGACUGUGACUCUGGAACUGGACGGGGUGGUGUUUCCAUACCAGAACAGUAACGGGCGCUACCAAUUCACCUAUCAGGAGGCCAGGCAAGCUUGUGAGGGGCAGGAUGGCAAGCUGGCCACUUAUCAGCAGCUUUAUAAAGCCUGGACCGAGGGUCUGGACUGGUGCAAUGCCGGCUGGAUUGAGGACGGGACGGUUCACUAUCCCAUCAUCGACUCCCGGGAGCCCUGCGGAGGAAAACUUCUCCCGCCGGGAAUCCGGAGCUACGGGGCGCGGGACAAAGGGAAGGAGCGCUUCGACGCCUUCUGCUUCACUUCCGCCGUCAAAGGCCAGGUGUUCUUUAUCAAGGGCAGGAUGAGUUUCCAGGAGGCCGGUGCGUCCUGCGAGGCUCAGGGGUCGGAGGUCGCACGGGUGGGUCAGCUGUACGCGGCCUGGCGCUUCUCCUGGCUGGAUCGCUGUGAUGGAGGCUGGCUCGAGGACGGGAGCGUCCGAUUCCCCAUCACCGCGGCCCGGCCUCUCUGCGGAGGCCUACCGCAUCCUGGGGUUCGCAGUUUGGGCUUCCCCGACAAGGAGCUGCGUGUUUACGGGGUUUAUUGCUACCGGCCCACGUAGGGCAGAGCGACUGGGACUGUCAGACUCCUCAGCGGAGAUCGCAAAGUGUUCUGAUGUAAAAGACAAAAAUAACGGGUGCUUUUCCUUGAAACUGUUUUCGGUAACAAGGUUGAUUAAAUGUGUGCUUAAGAGAAAGGGGGCUCCCUCCAGUCCAGGGCAGGCUUGAGGCACGGAGACUGAACAACGCCCUAAUAUUAUUCUCCAAGCAUUUCACAUUUCACACUAUGAUACGCGGUGCCGUGAGUCUUUAUUCAUACAACAUGUAAAACGCAGAACAAUAACUGCCAAAGUAUAGUGAGCCUCUCCCGAUCUAUUCAAGAGCGUUUCAGACAAAAACUUUUAUCAAAGGAAAAGCACAGAGUGUGUGUGUUUGUAUUUAUCGUUGCUUGAUUUAAGUAUUUUUUUAUUUUAUUAAAGAGACGGUGGCUAAGGAACGAAUUCCCUGCUCCUCGCCUGGCUCCCGUUCUCUAUCCAGGCAGCUCAUUCUGAAGGUCAGACCGGUGAAUACUGGGAGCCCUGUGAACGGCAGAGCCAAGCGCUUCAUUUUCAAAUGAUUUGCACUUCCGUUUACCAACAAACAAGCGCUUUUACGAAAUACAAACUUAACCCGGAGAUCAUUUAACUAAAGAGCAGUUGCCUGUCACUCAGGAACACUAUUGGAGCUCCUAUUGAAAGUGACUCUGCAGCAGCAGCAGUUGUUGAUGAUGCAGAGUUCUCCCUCCUAGUCUCUGUAAGUUGCUUUGGAUAAAAGCGUCUGCUAAAUGACUCAUUAAUAAUAAUAUACACUGUAUAUAUAAUUACUCGAGUGAGGAGAGCCCUGAUGUUUCUACUCAUACAAAACCACAUAACCCUUUACUGAGAUCAUGCGUUGGAUUGCAGGAUAACGAUACCCAGUGCAGUGGCUGGAUCUGCCUGCCUCAACGUUCCCACACGACUCACGCAAUCCCAUUGAACACUUUCAAUACGCUGCUGCUGACCCCUGCAAUCUCCCUGCGUUAUUGUUAUUCAUAUUAUUAUUAGACUGUAUUUAUUUCUCAAUUUUAAUAAAUAACCCCUGGUGUUGCGUG